AUGGCCACAGAUGAUAAGACUUCCCCAACAUUGGACUCCGCUAAUGACUUGCCUCGGUCUCCUACCAGUCCUUCUCAUCUCACACACUUUAAACCUCUGACUCCUGAUCAGGACGAGCCUCCUUUUAAAUCAGCGUAUAGUUCUUUUGUCAAUCUCUUUCGAUUUAACAAAGAGAGAGGAGAAGGGGGCCAGGGAGAGCAACAGUCUCUGAGUGGAAGUUGGACCAGCCCUCAGCUCCCUUCAAGGACACAAUCUGUGAGAUCGCCUACACCUUAUAAAAAGCGGCUUAAUGAGGAGUUCCAGCGUCGAUCUUCAGUGUUAGCAGAGGACAGUUUGCAACACCCCCAGGAGAACUCAGACACCAGAAGGAAGGCAGAACCUACUUUUGGAGGUCAUGACCCUCGCACAGCUGUUCAACUCCGAAGCCUCAGCACAGUAUUAAAACGCCUCAAGGAAAUCAUGGAGGGGAAGAGCCAGGAUAGUGACCUGAAGCAAUACUGGAUGCCAGAUAGCCAGUGUAAAGAGUGCUAUGACUGUAAUGAGAAAUUUACCACUUUUAGGCGUAGACACCACUGCCGACUGUGUGGGCAGAUUUUCUGCAGUCGUUGCUGCAAUCAAGAAAUCCCUGGAAAAUUUAUGGGUUAUACAGGGGACCUCCGAGCCUGUACAUACUGUAGAAAAAUAGCCUUAAGUUAUGCUCAUUCCACAGAUAGUAAUUCCAUUGGUGAAGACUUGAAUGCUCUUUCAGACUCUGCUUCCUCUGUGUCUGUACUUGAUCCGAGUGAACCCCGUACACCUGUGGGGAGUAGAAAAGCCAGCCGCAACAUAUUUUUAGAGGAUGAUUUUGCCUGGCAAAGUUUAAUUCAUCCAGACUCCUCAAACACUGCUCUUUCAACAAGACUUGUAUCUGUUCAAGAGGAUGCUGGGAAAUCUCCUGCUCGAAAUAGAUCAGCCAGCAUUACUAAUCUGUCACUGGAUCGAUCUGGGUCUCCAAUGGUACCAUCAUAUGAGACGUCUGUCAGUCCCCAGGCUAACCGAACGUAUGUUCGGACAGAAACCACUGAGGAUGAACGCAAAAUUCUUCUGGACAGUGUUCAGUUAAAAGACCUAUGGAAGAAAAUUUGCCAUCACAGUAGUGGAAUGGAGUUUCAGGAUCACCGCUACUGGCUGAGAACACACCCCAAUUGCAUUGUAGGAAAGGAGUUAGUCAACUGGUUAAUCCGAAAUGGACACAUUGCUACAAGGGCCCAGGCUAUAGCAAUUGGACAGGCAAUGGUGGAUGGACGUUGGCUGGAUUGCGUCAGUCACCACGACCAGCUCUUCAGGGAUGAGUAUGCGCUGUACAGGCCGUUGCAGAGUACAGAAUUUUCCGAGACCCCUUCUCCGGACAGUGACUCGGUGAACUCCGUGGAAGGACACUCUGAGCCAUCCUGGUUUAAAGACAUCAAGUUUGAUGACAGUGACACUGAGCAGAUAGCUGAAGAAGGUGACGAUAAUUUGACUAAUUCUGCCAGUCCUAGCAAGCGCACAUCAGUCAGCAGUUUCCAGUCCACAGUGGACAGUGACUCAGCCGCUUCCAUCAGCCUGAACGUGGAGCUGGACAACGUGAACUUCCAUAUCAAGAAGCCCUCCAAGUACCCACAUGUGCCCCCUCACCCUGCUGACCAAAAAGAGUAUUUGAUUUCUGACAAUGGAGGACAACAGCUAUCAAUAAGUGACGCCUUCAUCAAAGAAUCCUUAUUUAACCGUCGAGUUGAGGAAAAAUCCAAAGAACUGCCUUUCACACCUUUGGGCUGGCAUCAUAACAACCUGGAGCUGCUGAGGGAGGAGAAUGGAGAGAAACAAGCUAUGGAGAGGUUGCUUUCAGCUAAUCAUAACCACAUGAUGGCGCUGCUCCAACAAUUGCUCCAUAGUGAGUCAUUGUCAACGUCUUGGAGGGACAUCAUCGUAUCCCUGGUCUGCCAGGUUGUUCAGACAGUCCGACCUGACGUCAAGAACCGGGAUGAUGACAUGGAUAUCCGCCAGUUUGUCCACAUCAAAAAAAUCCCAGGUGGAAAGAAGUUUGAUUCUGUGGUUGUCAAUGGAUUUGUUUGCACCAAGAAUAUUGCACAUAAAAAGAUGAAUUCUUCUAUUAAAAACCCCAAAAUUCUUCUGUUGAAGUGUUCCAUUGAAUAUCUCUACAGAGAAGAAACCAAAUUUACUUGCAUUGAUCCUAUUGUGCUUCAGGAAAGGGAAUUCCUAAAGAAUUAUGUUCAGCGAAUAGUUGAUGUUCGACCCACACUGGUUCUGGUUGAGAAAACGGUAUCUCGAAUUGCACAGGAUAUGUUGCUGGAACACGGCAUUACUUUGGUCAUUAAUGUAAAAUCACAAGUUUUAGAACGAGUUAGCCGGAUGACCCAAGGCGAUUUGGUGAUGUCAAUGGACCAGCUGCUCACCAAACCCCACCUGGGCACCUGUCACAAGUUUUACAUGCAGAUGUUUCAGUUGCCUAAUGAACAAACCAAAACACUGAUGUUUUUUGAAGGCUGUCCACAGCACCUGGGCUGUACAAUCAAGCUUAGAGGAGGCUCUGAUUAUGAGCUGGCUCGAGUUAAGGAGAUCUUAAUAUUUAUGAUCUGUGUAGCUUAUCAUUCUCAACUAGAAAUCUCCUUCCUCAUGGAUGAAUUUGCUAUGCCUCCAACAUUAACGCAAAACCCUUCCUUCCAUUCUCUGAUUGAGGGACAGGAGGAUGAAGGGGCUGCACAGGAGCCAUUCAGCGGAAGUCCCCUCCCCCAGGAGCCUGACUUCCCUCCGGACUUUCUGCCUUCUGAUGAUGGCAGUUUGCUAGAAUCAAGGAUUCUAUUUGAGAAGGGUGACCAGGAAAAUAAGAGUGUGCCGCAGGAUGUUGCCUCUUUGAAGCCUCAAGAGCAUGCCCCAGCAGCUUGCCCGAUGGGUGCCCCCUGCGCUCUCUUUCCAUCAGUACCAGAGUCAUUGCUGCCACUCCAUGUGGAUGACCAAGAGGACACCAUAGGCAGUGAGCAGCCAGAGGCUUUGCAGCAAACAGAGGAGCUUCCUGAUCCCGCAAGCCAGAUGAGAGCCUUUAGAGACCCUCUGCAGGAUGACACCGGCCUGUAUGUUACCGAAGAAGUAACCUCUUCUGAAGAUAAACGGAAGACUGAUUCUUUGACCUUUAAGCAAGAGUUGAAAGAUGUGAUCCUCUGCAUCUCGCCAGUCAUCACAUUCCGGGAGCCCUUCCUUUUAACUGACAAGGGCAUGAGAUGCUCUACCCGAGAUUAUUUUGCGGAGCAGGUUUACUGGUCUCCUCUCCUCAAUAAGGAGUUCAAGGAAAUGGAGAGCAGGCGGAAGAAACAGAUGCUUAGGGAUCUCUCUGGCCUUCAGGGCAUGAAUGGAAGUGUUCAGGCCAAGUCCAUUCAAGUCCUGCCCUCACAUGAGCUUGUGAGCACCAGAAUUGCUGAGCACCUGGGGGACAGCCAGAGCUUGGGGAGAAUGCUAGCUGAUUAUCGGGCCAGAGGAGGAAGAAUCCAGCAAAAAAAUUCAGACCCUUUUGCUUACUCAAAGGAGACGUCAAGUACCUCAAGUGGUAAAUCAGGAAGCAGAACUGAAGGUGAUGAAGAAAAAGGGUUGAUUACAAGUGAUGCAGUGUGGUCGACAAAGGUGGACUGUCUGAACCCUGUCAACCACCAGAGGCUGUGUGUGCUCUUCAGCAGCUCUUCUGCCCAGUCCAGCAAUGCGCCCAGUGCCUGUGUCAGUCCUUGGAUUGUAACAAUGGAAUUUUAUGGAAAAAAUGAUCUUACAUUAGGAAUAUUUUUAGAGAGAUACUGUUUCCGGCCUUCCUAUCAGUGCCCUAGCAUGUUCUGUGAUACCCCCAUGGUGCACCACAUUCGACGCUUUGUCCAUGGCCAAGGCUGCGUGCAGAUAAUCCUAAAGGAGCUGGAUUCUCCAGUACCUGGAUAUCAGCAUACAAUUCUCACCUACUCCUGGUGCAGAAUCUGCAAGCAGGUAACACCAGUUGUCGCUCUUUCCAAUGAGUCUUGGUCCAUGUCAUUUGCAAAAUACCUGGAACUUAGGUUUUACGGGCACCAGUACACCCGCAGAGCCAAUGCUGAGCCAUGUGGUCACUCCAUCCACCAUGAUUAUCACCAGUAUUUCUCCUAUAACCAGAUGGUGGCAUCUUUCAGUUAUUCGCCUAUUCGGCUCCUUGAAGUGUGUGUUCCACUUCCCAAAAUAUUCAUUAAACGUCAAGUCCCAUUAAAAGUGUCCCUUCUUCAGGAUCUGAAGGACUUUUUUCAAAAAGUUUCACAGGUAUAUCUUGCUGUGGAUGAAAGACUCGCGUCUUUGAAAACUGAUACAUUUAGCAAAUCAAGAGAGGAAAAAAUGGAAGAUAUCUUUGCACAAAAGGAGAUGGAAGAAAGUGAGUUCAAGAGCUGGACUGAGAAGAUGCAGGCGCGGCUCCUGUCUUCCUCCAUGGAGACCCCCCAGCAACUGCAGUCAGUCUUCGAGUCACUCAUCGCCAAGAAACAAAGCCUCUGUGAGGUGCUGCAAGCUUGGAAUAACAGGCUGCAAGACCUUUUCCAGCAAGAAAAGGGUAGGAAGCGGCCUUCAGUUCCUCCAAGUCCUGGACGACUGAGACAAGGUGAAGAAAGCAAGAUAAGUGCAGUGGAUGCAUCUCCACGGAAUGCUUCUCCAGGACUUCCAAAUGGAGAAAAAGAGGACCGCUUCUUGGCCACCCUGUCCAGUCAGAGCUCCACCAGUUCCCCCCAUCUCCAGCUGCCUACUUCUCCUGAAGGCGUGCCUGAGCAGGCCAUGGGAGGGCCCCCCGAACUCGAUACUGCCAGCAGUUCUGAAGAUGUAUUUGAUGGACAUUUGCUGGGAUCUACAGACAGCCAGGUGAAGGAAAAAUCAACCAUGAAAGCCAUCUUCGCAAAUUUGCUUCCAGGAAAUAGCUAUAACCCUAUUCCAUUUCCUUUCGAUCCAGAUAAACACUAUUUAAUGUAUGAACAUGAACGAGUGCCCAUUGCAGUCUGUGAGAAGGAGCCCAGCUCCAUCAUUGCUUUUGCUCUCAGUUGUAAAGAAUACCGGAAUGCCUUAGAGGAAUUGUCCAAAGCCACUCAGCGGAACAGUGCUGAAGAAGGGCUUCCAACAAACAGUACUUUAGACUACAGACCAAAGAGUAGCAGCCCAAUUAGAUUACCUGAGAUCAGUGGAGGACAGACAAACCGUGCAGUGGAAGCAGAACCACAACCAACCAAAAAGGCUUCUGGAAUGUUGUCCUUCUUCCGAGGGACAGCAGGGAAAAGCCCUGACCUCUCUUCCCAGAAGAGAGAGACCUUACGUGGAGCAGAUAGUGCUUACUACCAAGUGGGGCAGACGGGCAAGGAGGGGACGGAGAAUCAAGGCAUUGAGCCUCAAGAUGAAGUAGAUGGAGGAGAUACACAGAAGAAACAACUUACAAAUCCUCAUGUGGAGCUUCAAUUUUCAGAUGCCAACGCCAAGUUUUACUGUCGGCUCUACUAUGCGGGAGAGUUUCAUAAGAUGCGAGAAGUGAUUCUGGGCAGCAGCGAAGAAGAUUUCAUUCGUUCCCUUUCUCACUCUUCUCCGUGGCAGGCCCGAGGAGGCAAAUCAGGAGCUGCCUUUUAUGCUACUGAAGAUGACAGAUUCAUUUUGAAGCAAAUGCCUCGUCUGGAAGUCCAGUCUUUCCUUGACUUCGCACCACACUACUUCAAUUACAUUACAAAUGCCGUUCAGCAAAAGAGGCCUACUGCAUUGGCCAAGAUUCUUGGCGUUUACAGAAUUGGUUAUAAGAAUUCUCAGAACAACACUGAGAAGAAACUAGAUCUCCUUGUCAUGGAAAAUCUUUUCUAUGGGAGAAAGAUGGCACAGGUUUUUGACUUGAAGGGUUCACUUAGGAAUCGAAAUGUAAAAACCGAUACCGGGAAAGAGAGCUGUGAUGUUGUUCUUCUGGAUGAAAAUCUCUUAAAGAUGGUUCGAGACAACCCUCUGUAUAUCCGUUCUCAUUCCAAAGCUGUGCUGAGAGCCUCGAUCCGGAGCGACUCCCACUUCCUUUCUAGCCACCUCAUUAUAGACUAUUCUUUGUUAGUUGGGCGAGACGAUACCAGCAAUGAGCUAGUAGUUGGAAUUAUAGAUUAUAUCCGAACAUUUACCUGGGACAAAAAGCUUGAGAUGGUUGUGAAAUCAACAGGAAUUUUAGGAGGACAAGGUAAAAUGCCGACUGUGGUCUCUCCAGAGUUGUACAGGACUAGAUUCUGUGAAGCCAUGGACAAAUAUUUCCUGAUGGUGCCAGACCACUGGACAGGCUUGGGUCUGAACUGCUGA